AUGUCACUCUCCUUUCACUCACGACUUUCAGAAAACUUUGGUACUUUGCUCGAAUAUGCGGAUGAUUCUGAUGUCAUUAUCAAAGUGGGGAAACAUGAUUUUAAGCGGUUCCAGGCUCACUCGGUUAUACUAAGAGCGAGAUCUGAAUAUUUCCGUGCCGCUUUAUCAAGUAAAUGGGCGAGAAUAGAAGGUACCAAAUAUGUAUUUGAGAAGCCUAACAUCAGUCCGAUCGUAUUCGAGGCAAUACUUAGAUAUAUCUAUAGCGGAAAUAUAAUGUUAGAAAAGUUAGAUGAUGGUGAUAUAGUGGAACUACUGAUAGCAUCCGAUGAGUUAAUUCUUGACGAACUUAUAUAUCCGCUACAGGAUUACCUUAUUCAGAAUAACUUUAAAUGGAUACAAGAUAAUAUUUUAUAUGUUCUUAAUGCCGUAAUUGAACGAAACUCGUGUAGCAAAUUGAGAUCUCACUGUCUUUCGAUAGUUUGUCCUGACCCCGUUAGAUUCUUUGAAUCAAAAGAUUUUAUGGAACUGGAUGAGACCACUCUUAUUUCGUUACUGAGUCGAGAUGAUUUGUGUAUGGAAGAAGGAAAGAUUUGGGAUUAUUUGAUCAAGUGGGGCCUAAAAAAUACAAAUUUGAAGAAGUUAGAUGUUUCAAAAUGGAGCUCACGAGAAUUUGAUGAAUUGGAAAAAACUAUACAGAGGUGCAUUCCACUGAUAAGAUAUUGGCAACUUCCACCUGAAGUUUUCAAUAAAAAAGUUAAGCCUUUUGAAAAGAUUAUACCAAGAAAUUUAAAAUUAAGACUUAGGCAACGCUUCUUAACAAAAUCCACUCAAAUAAACGGUGGACAACUAGAAAACUCCUUAGCAACACCGAGAAUUAUAUACCCUACGAAAGAACGAACAAUAGAUUCAACAAUCAUUACACAUCAACAAGCUGCCUUAAUAGCGUGUUGGAUAGAUCGAAAAAACGUAAAAGACCCGUCGUCCCAUACCGACAUGUUUCCGGUCCCUUAUCAUUUUAGGUUGUUGUUUCGCGGAAGUCGCGAUGGAUUUUCUGCUAAAACAUUUCACAAAAAGUGCGAUGGUCAAGGGCCGACGAUAGUAGUUGUAAGAGUCGGUGAUUCUAAAGAACUGAUAGGAGGAUAUAAUCCAAUAGGGUGGUCCUCGCCAAGAGACGUUGAAUGGCAGGGUACCCGAGACAGCUUUAUAUUUUCUUUAGGAGACGGUAAAGAAUUAUCCAAGGCAAAAUUAAGUAGAAUCAGGGGAGAUUGUGUUAAUGAUGCCAUUCAACUUCAGGAUCGACUAGGUCCAUCAUUUGGAUUUUAUGAAUUAAAGAUUACUGGCGAUGCUAAUGAAGGUGGUUCAAGCUAUGCGUCUGGGGGAUUGAGAUAUGAACAUAAAAUUAGAGACAAGGGUAAUUAUUUUGGGGUGGAUGAUUAUGAGGUUUUUCAAGUUAUCAUGAAAUAA